AUGCCCUCGAUGUCCUCGACGUGGAUCGAGGAGCGACCGGGCGACCACGGUGGUAGUCCGGUCGGGCGGCGAAGUUCCGUCGAUCCGUCCGACGCGUUCAGUAACAUCAGCAACCAGAGUGCGGGCUCUGGUCGGUCGGGUGUGCGCCGGUUCGGGGACAUCUUUCGCAAUCGGCUAAAGUCGGCUGGUGCAGCGGCAAUGCGCAGUUUCAACGAAAGCUUCCCUCAGGAGUGCAAGAUAAACACGGAUGAGGAAAACGGUGUCCAGACGCCAUCGCCAAAGACGUCGAACGUUGGUGUGAAAGGUGGAGUGCGGACGGCGUCGUUCGAUGCGCUUGAUGCGGUGCUGGUGAACGAACGUGUGAUGGGACGCAAUCGGGAUCGUACCAUCGUGAAGGAGCGUAGCAACACGCUGACCGGUAGUGGACCCGCUGCUGUAGGCACUGGUGGAAGUAGUACUGGGAGUGGAGGACUACGAUCGAGACGCAGUUCGACUAUGUUCCGUCAGCGGACCAUACAUCGUACUCCGAGCGGCGCAAACGCAAAAUCAUUUGCUGAGGACGAGGUGAUCGAGAAGAGCGAACCAACGGGCAAAGGUGGACACCCGCGGCUAACGCGCAAAGAGGACAAAAAGACCAAACCAGACGAUGCAGCCCCGGUGGCAAAACGGACGACCGAUUUCCAUGACAACAAAGGGCUACCGGAUGGUGAGCGGGGCCGGUUGGCAAUGCAUCCGCGCACCAGCAUUGUGCACCGCGAACCGAUGGACGAGGUCGUCGUUGGGAAGCCACCGAGCCGUGAACGCGUAAACUCUACCUCACACUACUCGACGGAGAAGAGUGGCUCGUCGGGUUACUACAGCACCAACCUUUACUCGACCGGUGGUUCCUCGGUGGACGAGCACAUCUACUGUGAGCCGAUCGAUCGUUGCCCGCGCACCCAGCGACUCGAGCACGAAGACAGCGUGAAACGUACGAGCACGGUGAAGUCCGCAAACCAGGCGGCAAGAGAGCCAGUGAAGACUAGUGCCAGCUGUGAUAGGAAGCGGGGUGGGAAUGAUCAGGAGCUUUCAGAACUGCAGCGUAAUAUACGGGGGCUGGAGCAAUAUUACUAUCCGUCGUCGCUUUCGUCACCGACCGUUCCGGUGCAGAUAAGUGUGAUGAGGGCAUCUGUUGCGCAGCAGCCCUUGCAUGCAUCUGCCACUAUUGGGGUCGAUGGAAGUGGGCCUGGUGGUGAAGAUUGUGCUGAAGGUUGUGAGGUUCAGGAGCGGUCUCAGGAGCGGUCUCAGGAGCAGCAGGAACAGCAACAGCUGUCUGUUAUAAUGGAGGGCAAUGAUGGGCAGAUCCCUCGACCGAUUUGGCCCCUCGAUACGGACGAUUCGCUGAUGGACAUAAACCUGGAAUCGUUCCGUAUGGCAAACCACAGCAGUCAGAAUUUGAUUGGGUUUGAAAGUCCAACGCUGUCCUCGAUCUCCGAAAGUGAGAUGUAUGCGAUGCGCGAUCAGGCAACGGAUGGCGCAGCGGAGGGCUCUAGUCGCAAGAAGUCACAGUACGAGGAAUAUCUCGAGUUCCACAACACGCGCAAUAUUCUUGAGCAGAUUCGGGGAAAGUUGAACACACUGCUGGAACAGCGAACGGAGCAGCAAGAGCAAGCAGCUCAACGGGUACCGAGCUCUGGUAACCCGUUCGUGAAGGAACCGGGACCGAGUGAAACGGAGCUGGAGAAGAACAUUGCCAUCUUGAAGGCAGAUCUAGACGGGUAUCUGCGCACAAUGAACCAGAAGAAUGAGAACGAAAUCCGUCGCUUUUGCAAGGGUAUGAGCCGAGAGCCGAAAGUUGUGGCAGUCCAGAAUGCAGUGGAGCAGCGAAAUCGUUCCCGUUCUGGAUCCAUUCUAAGUCUAGAGCAUGAUUACGAGAUGCUGGAGCGAACGGGUGCCGUUCCGUAUUCGACCUCUUGUGGAUCGGAAUCACUGUUACCGUACUAUCAAGUUCUACCACCGGACAUAUGUGAGGGACGUCCACCGGCAGCUUUACCAGCCGCAGCUUUGGUGCUGAACCGACGCAGCCCCCCAAAUCCUUUUGCCCAAGAGGUACGUCAGCACGGCGGUCCACCGGGGUCUGUUGGUGGUUUGCAUUCACUUUGCUGCCAGCAGCGUUACCUGAACAGUGAUGAAAUUCGGGUGUGCAAUCGUUACGGUGGCUGCGAGCGUACGGAUCCUAAUGUGGCCAUCGAUAUGCCCGACAGUGAUGAUGGUGAGGUUGGGAAGACGUUCGUGACGGGGUCUGGUCGCGAUGGUGGUGGUGGUGCUCGUAGUGUUGAUUGUCGAAGUGUCAGUAUUGGAAUGCCGGAGGAUGAAACAGUGGCUGGUGAUAGGGUGGGAAGGCGUGGGUCACGUGUGAAGUUGAAAACUGACCCACCGGAUGGGUGCCAGGCGAAGGGUGAAUGUGUUAGUGAUAGCGGGAGUGGGGGUCCACAUAUGGCGCACUGUGAUUUUAACCAGCUGCAGCGCAACAUCACGCUCGAGCGCAUCAUCCUGAUGGAGAGCCUCGGCAAGUCGCGCAACGGUCAGUUCGGUGAUAAGGAGAAGAUGCUGCUCGAAUGGCACCAGAACAAGCCGAGCUGCUGGGAGCUGUACUAUGGUGCCAACCGGGAGGAGCACCCGCCACAUCAGACGCUGAUCCGGAAGAUGAAGCUCGGCCGCAAAAGCACGGUGUGCAUUUCUUACCCCUCAACCCGUCCCGAAUCCGAUUUCACACUGGACGUGCCGCGCGCUGAGCAGCUGCGACUGAAGAUGAAGAAGGAAAAACAGUUCCGGAGCCGAUGCCGCUGGUUUUUCUACUUCCUGAGCGUGGUGUUCUUCUUGCUCUCGGUGAUGGUUGUUAGUUUGAUACUGACUCGUGGAAAACGCAUGUUUGGAAGCAUGAUUUAG